GUUCUUUAUUUCUUUUUUUCUUUUUUUCUUUUCUUUUUUUUUUCAUUUCUUCGUGUGGUGCUUCAGCGAGAUCUCGCGAGUGAGAAGAAAAUCCGAGAGAAGUGUGGAGACGUACAGAAGAAUGUAGCCGAGAAAGCGGAGGUACAUAGCCAUCGACUGACGGUUCUCUCUCUCUCUCUCUCUCUCUCUCCUUUUCUCUUUCUCUCACGGAUGCCGACGCACUAUUCGUCCUUAUUCCAGUGUUCAGAGAAGCCUAACCAUUGCCGAUGGGAUUUCAGAAGAGGAGGAAGGACACGGAGGAGGAAGGGCCACGACAUUGGGAAUAAGGAAAGGGAGAGAGAUAAGGGUAAAGAACAGGACGUUUUGUGAAAUUAAGGGAGAAAUAAAGAAAGAAAGAGUGACGGUUGAUCGUGUCCGCUGGAAAAGGAGCGCGGAUGAAACGUGGCGAACGCGACGAAGAAAGGAUAAAGGGUUAUAGGAGAAAGAAGAGGAGAUCCCCGAUGUGUGGUGCAGGACCGUACGAUGGCCGGGGCCCUGUCUGAGAAUGCCCCGAGGCCCGUGAGCGUCGUUGGCGUCGACGGUAGUACCGUGGUAAUUGUCAGGAGCAACGCGGACGAUCAGGAACCGCGGGGAGACAACAACAAUAACAACAAUCGGCACAGCAACAACAACAACAAUAACAACAACAACAACAACAACAACAACAAUCCCAACAACAGUACGAGCAACAACGGGAGCGGCAGUGGCAACGGCAACAACGUUCGGUCGUUCACCUCGACGGAAGCACAAACGGAGGUGGCGCUUCAGAAUGGGCCCGAGGUCCUUGAGGAGCUCGCGAGCGAGUCACGUGGUGCGCGUCGCCGUGAGAGGCGAAUGCGGAGACAGCAUCGCCGGGCCCUGAGGAGUUGCUCGCUCCCACCGACUUACCCGGGUGCCGCGAAUGCGGCCGUCGCGGUCGGUGCUUGCCCCGCGUCCGCGAACGCUCCCGGAGUGCCUUUGGUGCCACCUGCGAGAGGUUUUCUUCACCCUCCACCACCUCAUCUCGGACUCAGGGGACUCAGUUUGGGCCUACCCUUUCCCGUACCUACCAGCGUCUCGGCAUUUGGCAGGGACGCAGUACCGAAGCAAUGCUGCGGCUUAGGUUCGCCGCCGGUACGUUGGUCCAUACUCGGCGUGGGAGUGGUGGGCCUGGUCUGUGCUGGUGCCGGUGCCCUUUUGGGCGCUCUCAGGGCCUCGGGACGCGAUCACAUUGCCGUGGCCCUACUCAUGAUCGGAAUAGGAGUGGUCCUGGUGAGCGUUAGCGCAGUGGCGUGGCGAGUGACCAGCCGAGAAAAUUGCGGCAGCUUCUUCGGUUUCACGGGGAUCACCGGUCGGAUUCCACCGGCAAGGCCUAUACACCCAUACGCUGCCAUGAUUUAUCCAGAAUUUCAAUUUAGAACGCCACCACCGAGUUACCAGGCGAGCAUGCAGGAGUACAGGUUACGGCUGUUGUUGCUAGACCGGCUGCAGCCAACUUCGUCUCCGCCACCCACCUACAGGUCGAAUGCCAGUAGCAUCGUGGCGGCUGCUGGUGGUACUGUUCGAGAAAGUAGACCACCGAGUUAUUGCGCGCGAGCAAACGCUACGCCAAAUGCGAAUCUGGUGCCCUCGAAGAAGGACGCGAAUCUCGUCAGGAUCGUUCAAACCGAAGCAGAUCCCGUGAUCCUUAGUGGCGAUCAAACGCCACCGAUAGCCGCGGUCGAGGUCCUCGCGCAUCUUUAGCCCUUCGAACUACUACUCCUUAUCUAUUUCUAUCGAAGGACCUGCUUCGCUCACGAGAAUUUUCGAUUAUAUCGUCGUUAGUCGUCGGAGCGUUUCUUCUCCAAUCGUCGCUUUGAUUCGCGUCACUUAGAUUUAACUAUCAACCUGCGCGAUACUUUGUCGCCUUUACUUACUAGAGUUGAGAAAAUAUAGUAAGCAAAAAAACUCGACCUUCGAUCAAUUUACGUCUAUCAAGGUACUACGCCAUUUCGAUAAGAAAAGUAUAGAAAUAGCGACGCUCCGAUGUUAAACGGUAUAAUCAAGUUGGCCUAAUAAAGUUUGCGAUUUGUCGCGUGAAGCGAAUCGAUUCUAAGCCAUAAUACUGUCGUCUGGUGUUAGACGUUUAUAUUGUUAGCUUUGUAAGUUGUUUUUUUUUCUUUUCUUUUCUUUUUUUUCUUUGUCACGCGCGAGUGGAAUUUCUUUUUUCCCGACAGUAUUUGCCGACGGUAUAGUAGAAGGGGGAUACGUUUUCUUCUGAAAAUCUUAUUCCGAAAUUCUUUGCGAAAAAGAAUAUAUAUAUGUAUGUGUAUAUUUUAAUCGUCCUGCGUUCGUUGUUUCACACAAUGCCGAAAUGCGUCGAAAAUGACGAGAGCCUUGCUCUUGGUGUUAACAAAUAAUCUUUCGAUUUUUAAUAGAUAUAGUUGUACUGCGCCAUGAUGGUCAUCGCUGACCCGACAAGAGAUAGAGAAUUGUAUAUUUUGAAGAUAUGUAUAAUUACGUACGUAGAGACUUAGAUCCAAUCACGAGUUCUCGUAAAGUUCUACUACGUCUCGUUUUGUUUUCUUUUUAUGCGUUUAAAUAUUUCACAAACACCAAUGCGUUAAUAACAUUCUUAAUCGAAUUGAUCAAAUAUACGAGGAUAUAUUUUUACGAUAAUUGCUUCAAUUGAGCCUUGCAUGAAGCGUUUCGUAAGGGAUCGAUCCUGCGUAAUAGAACUUUAUUUCGGACGCGUGAAAAUAUUCUAUGUGAUGAUAGCCCAGUUAUCAUCGCGAUAUCGCAAAAUAUUAUAUAUUUUGACACUUGGCCAGGAUCGAGCCUAGCUUUCGUUCGGUACGACACGUAAAAGUGCGAUAAAAAGAGCGAUCUGAUCGAGCGAUUAUUAUCGUAUUAUUUAUAUUUUAUCGAUACGCGUAAACGUUUUUUUAUCAACGAUUAUGCGUCGCACUAGUUAUCCUUAUAUGACUAUAGGAUCGAGGACUAGGAGGAGAGAGUCUAGAUAUUAGUAGCGAGGAUGUACAAUAAUUAAUAAUCACUUCAACUUAAAUUAUAAGUCGAUCGACUCGAAAAUGAUUUCUCCAAUAGAUUUUUCUUCAACUUGUUGCCUAUUCAGCUCGAAAUAUGACUCGAACUCGUAAUUAACGUGAAAAUUUUACUCGAGUAGCAGCGAGAUCUUACAACGAUUCUACUUUUUCGAAACAGCUCGCUUUUCGCGAUUCGUAUUUUUAAUAGUCUUUACUUAUGAAAGUUACAAUCGUAGAAUUUGUGAAUUUCAAUCUCUAUUUCGAUAUAUUACACGAUCUUUUCGAGACUAAAUCACACGUAGCAACGUUUAUCGAUCGAUUUUUUUCGGUUCAAUCGAUUGAAUAUAAUCUCAAGGAUAUUUAGAAAGAUAUAGAGCUAAGAGAAAAAGAAAAAGAGGCAUCGUUUUUCUAACGAACGUGUUUCAUAAAUCACGUAGGACGAAAGCGUCAUGUCAUUCGAAUAUAGAUUUGAUAUUUUCCUCGACUUGGUAUAAUAACUAAUGCGCGAGUCGCGUUAUUUUAUAAUUAUUAACGUCGUUGUGCAUUCGUGUAUCGCAGAAACGUACCUAUCGCUUUGAAAGUUAAACGACAGUAUAAAAGAAGAAAAACGAAAAAAUGAAAAAAAAAAGGAAAAAAAAAAGAAAAUAGAAAAUGCUUCGGUGUCGCGUGACGAUGUUGGAUAUUCUAACCAACGCGUUGUAGCUUCGAUGAUAGAACGCUAUGAUUGCUGGCCGAAGAAGAUAACAUUAGGAUACUCGUGUACAAUAUAUGAAUAUUUUUGUAAUCGUCUCUCUUGUAUCGUUAGAGAGAAUCGUGGAUCGCUCGGUAUGAUCAAGAAAAAGCUUCGAUUUAUACUAGCUCGGAAUAUUAGCGUUGCAACCGCGUGAUAUGUACUUUUUAUUAAAAAAAAAAAUAAAUAAAAAAAAAAAUAAAAAAAAAACGGGCGGCCUUAUGCACUCGUUAAAAAAACUCGCAAUGAUGACGAAGAGAGACAGAGAAGGAGGGAGAGAGGCAAAGAGAGAAGGGUAGAGAGGUAGAGAGUCAUGUUGUAGAAGUUCCUUCAUAACGAUAUAUGUAUAUCUGAUCACACAGAAGCAAAUAUGUCAAAUAUAUAUAUAUAUAUAUAUAUAUAUAUAUAUAUAUAUAUAUAUAUAUAUAUAUAUAUAUAUAUUUAUCAUCAGGCACGUUUGUAUAUUUCUUUUGACGACUCUCUAAUAUUCGUACACAUUGCUAAACGCUAUAAUUUAUCGGUGUUCGGUAUUCUUUGGUCUCUCUUCUUGAGAAGGAACAUUUGGCUUUCGAUGGACGACAACAAACGACGAAGAGACGAGGAACGACGACGAUCGCGUUCUCGUAUUCAUUUAUUUCCUCGAUUCGAGAGAAUCCGCGAAACGAUUCGUUCGUAAUAAUUUAAUUGGAAAACUUUGUUCUCUUUUCGAGUUAUACUUUUCAGAGAGGAUUUGAUCAAAUGGAAUUGCGUUUAAUCCUAUGAACUUAUCGUGCACAUAUAAUUGCAAUGAUAUGCAAAAAUGGAAAGCACGAUAAUCCGCGAUCAAACAUUUAUACUCGAGGUUUUCUUGUCGUGUCGUAAUGUGAUUACCGUUUAAUCGAUUAUGUAUUUCUUGUGCCGUUAUUUUCGCAAAAGGGGCUUUCGUAGAUUUACACAAAGUCCUUUCGUAGACGAUUAACAUUUUCGAGAUCGUAGAGAUGCGUUUAUUCGAUUAUAAGAAGAGAAGUAUUUACAUGAAAUACAUAAUUGAAACGUAUUAAAGUGUCUUGUGUAUUCAUGCGUAUUGUAAAAAAAAAAAAAAAAGAAAAAACAAAAAAAAAAAGAAAUUAUUAAAAGACUCAAGUAAUUAUUCCCGUUACGAACGUAUUACCUGCGUACACCUAGAAAGUUGUAUCGAUGCAUUGACGAAGAAAUAAUCUGAAAUAAAUGUAAUGGGACAGUGAUGCGUGUGUGGAAAGUAAGUGGUAACGACAAAUGGUAUAAUUAUAAUAAUUAUUUUAAUGGAUUUAUUUCAGACAGAAAUAAAUGCGACGAUACCGA